AUGACAUGUAACGAAUCCACCGAGCAAGGUGAAAAUGAUGAACAAGAUCACAAAGAGUAUGAUGAAAGCAUGAUGCCUAAAAAUCUGCCACACGAGAUCGAGCAGGUUGAAAGUCAGAAGAAACCCAAUAUGGAUGAAACAGAGGUUGUCAACUUAGGAGAUGAGGAAAUCGUGAAGGAGACACGAGUCAGCAUACAUUUGGAGGCUGAAAGAAAGCAAGAUUUAAUAGAAUUGCUUAAGCAGUAUGUUGACGUAUUUGCUUGGUCUUAUGAUGACAUGUCAGGAUUAAGCACUGCUAUUGUCUCACACAAAUUAUCGACUGAUCCCACUUGUCUACCUGUUAAGCAAAAGACAAGAAAAUUCAAGCCGGAUUUGAACUUAAGGAUCAAGGAGGAGGUAACUAAGCAAAUUGAGGUGAACAUUGUAAGGGUCACAAAUUACCCCACAUGGUUAGCCAAUAUUGUGCCUGUGCCAAAAAAGGAUGGAAAGAUCAGAAUAUGUGUGGACUAUCGAGAUCUCAACAGGGCCAGUCCUAAGGAUGAUUUCCCUCUUCCAAAUAUUCAUAUACUCAUCGAUAAUUGUGCAAAACAUGAUUUACAAUCAUUUGUCGAUUACUUUGCAGGAUAUCACCAAAUCCUGAUGGAUGAAGAUGAUGUAGAGAAGACAUCGUUUAUCACUCCAUGGGGAGUGUAUUGCUAUAGAGUAAUGUCAUUUGGUCUCAAAAAUGCCGGUGCAACCUACAUGAGGGCUAUGUCUACCCUUUUUCACGAUAUAAUCCACAAGGAAAUUGAAGUGUUGCGUAAGUAUAAUCUGAAGUUGAAUCCAGUAAAAUGUGCAUUUGGAAUACCCGCGGGAAAACUAUUAGGAUUCAUCGUUAGCAAGAAAGGCAUAGAGUUGGAUCCAUCAAAGAUAAAGGCAAUCCAAGAGCUACCUCCACCCAAGACCAGGAAAGACGUGAUGAGUUUCUUGGGAAGAUCGAAUUACAUCAGUCGGUUCAUAGCUCAAUCUACAAUGAUCUGCGAACCCAUAUUAAAGUUGCUGAAGAAGGAUGCAGCCACAAAAUGGACAGAGGAAUGCCAAAGGGCUUUCGAUAGAAUCAAAGAAUACUUGUCCAACCCAACAGUAUUGGUCCCACCAGAGCCUGGAAAGCCUUUGUUAUUGUAUCUAUCUGUCACGGAUAACGCAUUUGGAUGUGUAUUGGGGCAGCAUGAUGAGACAGGUAGAAUCGAGCAAGCCAUUUACUAUCUGACCAAGAAGUUCACACCGUACGAGGCAAGAUACACCCUGUUGGAACGAACAUGUUGCGCUUUGACUUGGAUUGUGCAAAAAUUUAGGCAUUACCUGUCUACAUACACCACGUACUUGAUCUCAAGAAUGGAUCCACUAAAGUACAUCUUUCAGAAGCCCAUGCCUACGGGUAAACUGGCGAAGUGCCAAAUUUUGUUGCGUGAGUUUGAUAUUGUGUAUGUGACACAGAAGGCCAUCAAGGGACAAGCCUUGGCUGAUCACCUCGCAGAAAACCCGGUAGACCAGGAUUACAAGCCGCUUACAACCUAUUUCCCUGAUGAAGAAGUUUUGUUUGUAGGAGAAGAUAUAUCAGAGUCAUAUGAUGGAUGUAGAAUGUUCUUUGAUGAAGCAUCAAACUCUAUUGGAGUUGGAAUAAGAGCAGUCUUAAUUUCAGAAACAGGUCAGUAUUACCCAAUCUCAGCUAAGAUUAGGUUCUAUUGUACCAAUAACAUGGCGGAAUAUGAAGCUUGUAUUCUCGGACUCAGGAUGGCCAUUGACAUGAACAUCAAAAAACUCUUGGUGAUAGAAGAUUCCAAUUUAUUGGUUCACCAGGUACAAGGAGAAUGGACCACUAAGAAUGUCAAGAUCAUGCCUUAUCUGCAUUGCAUUAAAGAGUUGAGUAGGAGAUUCGCAAGGAUUGAGUUCAAGCAUGUCCCUGGAACUCAAAAUGAGUUUGCCGAUGCUUUGGCAACAUUGUCCUCGAUGAUUCAACACCCAGACAAGAAUUACAUCGACCCUAUCGAUAUAGAGAUACAUGAUCAACAUGCAUACUGUUUUCAUGUAGAUGAGGAACUGGAUGGAAAACCCUGGUACUAUGACAUCAUAAGAUUGAUAGAAGCACAAGAAUAUCCUGAAAAUGCCACAAGCAACCAGAAACGGACUUUGAGGAGGAUGACCAAUAAUUUCUUCCUUAACGGAGAAAUCAUGUAUAGGAGAACUUCAGAUUUAGGAUUGUUGAGGUGCGUCGACGCCGCAGAAGCGACAAGGCUUUUGGAAGAAAUACAUGCAGGAACAUGUGGACCUCAUAUGAAUGGGUUCACUUUGGCAAAGAAGUUUCUAAGAGUCGGAUAUUUUUUGAUGACCAUGGAGAGAGAUAGCAUUCGGUAUGUGCAAAAAUGUCAUCAGUGUCAAGUGCAUGGAGAUUUUGUACGGGUUCCACCGAGUGAGCUCAAUGUGAUGGGUUUCCCUUGGCCAUUUGCUGCUUGGGGCAUGGAUGUUAUUGGACCCAUAAAGCCUCCCGCGUCAAAUGGACAUCGUUUCAUUUUGCUGGCUAUCGAUUAUUUCACAAAAUGGGUCGAAGCUUCGACAUACAAGGCAGUGACUAAGAAGGUAGUGACAGACUUUGUUCGCAACAACAUAGUUUGUCGGUUUGGAAUUCCAAAAUCAAUCAUAACAGAUAAUGCAGCCAACCUCAACAACGAUUUUAUGAGGGAAACUUAUGAAAGGUUCAAGAUUGCUCAUCGAAAUUCCACAGUUUACCGGCCACAGAUGAAUGGAGUAGUUGAGGUUGCAAAUAAGAAUAUCCAAAAGAUCCUAAGGAAAAUAGUGGAUAGUCACAAGCAAUGGCACGAAAAGUUACCAUAUGCUUUACUUGGUUAUCGCACCACAAUCAGACCAUCAAUUGGGGCAACUCCUUAUAUGUUGGUUUAUGGUUCAAAAGCAGUAAUACCUGUUGAGGUGGAAAUACCAUCUUUAAGGAUUAUCCAAGAGGUUGGUCUGGACGAUGCAGAAUGGAUACGUAGUAGGCAUGAACAAUUGAUGCUCAUCAAUGAAAAGAGGAUGGAUGCGAUUUGUCAUGGCCAACUCUAUCAAAACAGAAUGACCAAAGCGUUCAACAAGAAAGUCAAACCUCGACGGUUCACACCGGGGAAGUUGGUAUUGAAGAAGAUCUUUCCUCACCAAGAAGAAGCCAAAGGGAAAUUUGCACCAAAUUGGCAAGGACCCUACAUGAUUCAUAGAGUACUCUCAGGAGGAGCGGUAAUUUUAGCAGAAAUGGACGGCAGAGUGAGCACAAAGCCAAUCAAGACGCUAUCAAGAAAUACUACAUCUGAAGACCUCAAGAUUAGCGUUUAUUUUGUGUACUUUUGCAUUUUUCAAUGUAACAGAACUACGUCUAGACCUGACUUCCCACGGUGGGGUACGCUCAAAGAUCCAGAACAAAUGAUGAAGAAAGAGGAUCCUCGUAGAAAAAUAUAA